GUCAGGAGCGGAGAGGUCGCAGUCGCGGCGGGUCCGAACCCGGGAGAGGAGCUGUUGCAGCCCGGAGCGACCCUCAACGCCUGCCGGCACCUCGUGAACACAUUGUCACGAUUUCCCAGCUGAAGAACAUGAUUCAUCAGGUGGCUCCCCAGCUGCAUGGCUGAGACGCCAGGCCGUUCCUCACUGCCAGGCACAAGGCCGGGUUCAGGCCCCAGAGAGCCAGCCGGCUGGGAUGGCUGAGAAGUCUCCGAGGAGCACAGGUUGCUGUUUAUGCCCAGAUAAAGUGUUCUGAAAGCAGAGAGCCAGCUCGUGCUUUUCUUCUUUCAAUGUGUCAUGUGAUCUUCGAAGAGCAGCAGCCAGAGUGGAAAUGCUCUCGGAGGUGGAGAAUGGAUUGGAACCCCGGGCGGCCAUCUCGGUCAUCAAGAAGAAGCUCGUGGGCUCUGUGAAGGCCUUGCAGAAGCAGUACGUGUCCUCGGACACGGUGGUGACAAGUGAAGAUGCAGAUGCCAACACCAUAUGCAGCGCCCUGGAGGCCGUGUUCAUUCAUGGUCUGCACACCAAGCAUAUCCGUGCUGAGGCAGGGGGCAAGAGGAAGAAGCGUGCCCAGCAGAAGCCCCUGCCGCAACCUGUCUUCUGGCCCCUCCUGAAAGCUGUCACCCACAAACACACCAUCUCGGAACUGGAGCACUUGGUCUUUGUAAGCACAGACGUGGGCCGCAGCCGGGCCUGGCUGCGUCUGGCCCUCAACGAUGGCUUGAUGGAGUGCUACCUGAAGCUGCUCCUGCAAGAGCAGGCCCGGCUGUGCGAGUACUACCAGCCCAUAGCCCUGCUUCGAGAUGCCGAGGAGGGCGAGUUCCUCCUGAGCCUCCUGCAGGGACUCACGUCCUUGUCCUUUGACCUUUCCUACAAGUCUGCCAUCUUGAAUGAGUGGACGCUUACCCCACUGGCCCUCUCUGGGCUUUGCCCGUUCCCUGAGCUAGACCUUCUCACUACCUCAGCGACAGAGCUGCAGCGGAAGGAGUCUCUGGAUUCCAUCUCCCAUUCCUCAGGCUCGGAGGAUAUCGAAGUCCAGCAUGCGGGUCAUAAGAUCCGCCGGAACAAGAAUCUCACCGCGUCCUCCCUGAGCCUGGAUACCGCCAGUUCAUCCCAGUUGUCUUGCAGCCUAAACUCCGAUAGUUGCCUCCUCCAAGAGAAUGGCUCCAAGAGUCCUGACCGUUCUGAGGAGCCUAUGUCCUACGACUCGGACCUAGGGACAGCGAAUGUGGAUGAUUCAGACCCAUCUCUGCAAGAGGUGUUGUCAGAAUUCAGCAAAGCACAGGUGAACUCUGUGCCAACUGAUAGACUAAGCCAGGAAGAAUCGAGCCACACACCGAAGGCCCUGUCCUCAGCCUUGCUGCUCGGCCCGUACACCAUCACACACCUGCACUCUGACUUGCCCGUUCAGCCCCUGCCUUCCCUGGUUCUCUCCAGCGCUCCAGACAGUGGCCGCUCACGGGAGCCACUCUCCCAGGCAUGUGGCACCCCAGAUUUGUUGCCGUCGCCAAGUGCUGCUCCUGCAGUCCCUGCAGGGAGCACUCUACACCAGCAACCUUCGAGUCCGGUGGGAGAACUGACCAGAUCAGCCCUUCAGGGGAGCAGCCAACCAAAGUUCCAGGUGGAGGAUGGAACUGGACCGAGCCUCGUGGUUCCCUCACCUACCAGCCCAAAAAGCAAAAGCUGGAUUUCUGAAGAUGAUUUCUACCGGCCUCCCCUGGAGCAACCCACAGAAAGCCCGCCGGACCACACCACACCUGCCUCUCAAGGGACACCCAAGGCAGAGCCUGGCCUCCACCAGCCUUCCUCACAGGCCCCCGGGAAGAGUUGCUUGCAGGGGGCCUUAGACAACACCUGUGUGUCCUCCCCAGGUGGCCCAGAGAACAAGGUGGCAGGCCAGGAGCAUAGAAACUUCUGUGUGGUGCACCGCCGUCAGAUGGGACUGUCCAACCCCUUCCGGGGCCUCUUGAAGCUGGGCACGGUGGAGCGACGGGGCCCGGUGGGCAUCUGGAAGGAGCUCUUCUGCGAGCUGUCCCCACUUGAGCUGCGCCUCUACGUGAGCCACGAGGAGCGCACAUGCGUGGAGAGCUGCUCCCUGCUGCGCUGCGAGGCCGUGGGGCCAGCCCUCAGUGACGGCCGCUUCGAGCUCAUCUUCUCGGGCAAGAAGCUGACACUGCGGGCCUCUUCCCAGGACGAAGCCGAGGACUGGCUGGACCGGGUGCGGGAGGCACUGCAAAAGUGCCGGCCCCAGCAGGAGGAUGAAUGGGAGAACAUCCAGCCUGAUGAUGCCCCAGAGGCCCCUCCAGGUGGUGCCUCUGCCCACUCAGACCUGCUCCGGGAGCCAGAAGUCCCCCUGGGGACGCAGUUGGAUUGGUCCUCCACGCACCUGCCUGAACCCGACGCCAUUCAGGAGUCCCUGCUCUACCUGUACACGGACAAGGCCUGGACACCCUAUGUUUUCUCCCUGUCCUUGGAGACCUUGAAGUGCUUCCGCCUAAGAAACAACGAGAAGCUGCUGAGCGACAGCCAUGGGGUGGAGACCAUCCGAGACAUCCUGCCAGACACUAGCCUGGGCGGCCCAGCCUUCUUCAAAAUCAUCACAGCCAAGGCCAUCCUGAAGCUGCAGGCCGGUAAUGCCGAGGAGGCCACCCUGUGGCGAGACCUGGUGCGCAAGGUCCUGGCAUCCUACCUGGAGACAGCCGAGGAGGCGGUGACCCUGGGUGGCAGCCUGGACCAGAACUGUCAGGAGGUGCUCAAGUUUGCCACGCGGGAGAACGGCUUCUUGCUGCAGUACCUGGUGGCCAUUCCCACGGAGAAGGGCCUUGACUCCCAGGGCUGCUUCUGCGCAGGCUGCUCCCGCCAGAUCGGCUUCUCCUUUGUACGACCCAAGCUCUGUGCCUUCUCUGGUCUCUAUUACUGUGACAUCUGCCACCAAGAUGAUGCCUCAGUGAUUCCGGCCAGGAUCAUCCAUAAUUGGGACCUCACUAAGCGCCCGGUCUGCCGGCAGGCCCUGCGAUUCCUGACGCAGAUCCGGGCCCAGCCCCUCAUCAACCUGCAGCUGGUGAACGCUUCUCUGUAUGAGCAUGUGGAGCAGAUGCGGCUCAUCGAGAGGAGCCGGGAGCAGCUGAAGCUCCUGGGGGACUACCUGGGCCUGUGCCGGAGCGGAGCCCUGAGGGAGCUUAGCAAGAGGCUCAACCACAGGAAUUACCUCUUGGAGUCUCCGCACAAGUACAGCGUUGCUGACCUCCAGCAGAUAGCGGACGGCGUCUACGAGAGCUUCCUCAGGGCCCUCAUUGAAUUCGCCUCCCAGCACGUGUACCACUGCGACCUGUGCACGCAGCGCGGCUUCAUCUGCCAGCUGUGCCACCACCAGGACAUCAUUUUCCCCUUUGAGUUUGACAGCACGGUCAGGUGUGGUGAAUGCAAGACCGUCUUCCACCAGAGCUGCCAGGCUGAGGUCGGCAAGGACUGCCCCCGCUGUGCCCGCCGACGAAAGUACCGAGAGCAGAGCUUUCUCACCUGACUCCAGCCUCCCUCCUGGCCCGGGAAGGCUCAGACAAGACCAGCGAACCUGACUAGACCCUCCCAAGGAAGCCCAGGAAGCCUUGAUGAGGCCUCCACCCCCGACCCUGCACCCUCUCCUGGAUUGGGCUGGGGGGCUUUGCACUAAUGGGCCCUGAGGCCUGCACAAGGCUAUUGGGACACUAGAAACAGAUUGCGCCUUUGCAUUCCACAUUCCUGAUUAAAAGGUCUAGUUUUUUAAGGUGGGUUUUUUUCCCUUCAUAUUUCAACAGAAGAUUAUUUUUUUUAUUCUUGACCCAACACAAGUCACCCAACAAGUCCCGGCCAGGCCGAGUGAUGAGGUCGGGCCAGCUCAACUGCCCUGUGCCUUUGUCUUUGCUGCUCCAGUCCAUGUGCCAAGUGCCGCAGGCUCCUCCUGACCCCCACUUUCCCCUAGGGCCCAGCUACACUUCUCUGUGGCAUCGGCCCUGACCCCCGGAGCCUGAACCUGAGCCCCCUCUGGGGGAUACAGCCCUUGCACUGUCAAUCAGCACUUUGAGCUUUCCUGGUCCUGGGAAGGCCUCUGCUGCCCAGCCCCCUGUUUGAGACAGUGAGCCUCACCCCUCACUGGAGAGAUGACCCCCCACCCCCAGCUUCCAUGGAAAUGGUGAGACCACUAGUGUGCAUUUGGCUGCAGUCUACAGAGCACCUAGAACAUGGAGCUAUGCCGUCUGACCCCUCGGACUGGGUUUCUCUGAAGCGCUCCUGCCUUCUGCCGAAUCUUGGGGCUGGUGAGCAGAGCAGAGCCCCUGGAAGGAUGUGAUUUCUUCUGCUCCCUCACUCUCUGGAUCUCUCAGCCAGGGUCCUCGGGCCAUCCUCCAUGCGCUCACCUGGACCCAGUGGGCGUUGGGCUCAGGAUCUUCUUGGACUGUCAGAGCAGAACCGGCCCCUCCUGCCCCUCCUUUCCCAGGGGUGAUUCGGCUGCUGAGUCACCUGCCCAGCCCCUUGGAUCAGGGACAUUGUGCAAUAAAAUAGAGACAGUAGGCAGCCAGGGAGGGGAUGCCAGUCAGUCCCUGGGCCCCACUGUGGAAGAAGGUGCACCCGUGUCUUGACACACCAAAACUUGCUAAGUUGAAAGGGGGUACUUAUUCCCCUCCACCUCUGUCUUGCCUAUCCCCUCCCAGAACCAGCAUUAACAUUCACACCACCCCAUCCCAGCAGAUUUGCCACAUUCCUUGAGCAGGCAGGAGUCAGCCUGUAGCCGCUUCUGAGUAUCCUUAUUCCUGAAAGUUCUCUGGGAGGCAGCAAGAGUAAACCCGGAGGAGAGCUCAGUUCUGUGGGUGUGGGGCCCCUUCCUAGAAAUUGGCACCAGACAGCCCCCACUAGCUCCCCCAAAGGCUUCUUCUGCUGCUGCUUGCAGAAGAGUCUGUUCGGGUUGCCCUCCCCUCCAGCGCAAAGCCAAUGGGAACAUCACUUGCGCCCACAUUCAAGUGAAAUGUCAUUUCAUGCAAUAAACGGUUUCCAGUGGUGAGGGUGGUGGGAGGUUCCCCCCUCUGAGAAGUGCUGCUGUGAGAUGCUCCAGUGGUUCCCAGUAAACCUGCUCUUUCC